CAAUCACGGAUGAGGGCGGGCAUGUUGUUCGUUUCGGUAUUGGAAUUGCUGAUGAGACCUUGGGUUUUCGUACAGUGUGAAUCGGGUGAUUGAGCUCUCAGUGUGUACUUCCUACCUCUUCGAGCCAGAAGGUCCGGUAUUAUCUGUGGGGAAGGUUAUGCCAUGGAUAUCGUACUACAUUAUGCAGACUACUACUUUUUCACACCAUAUGUUUACCCCAGCUCCUGGCCAGAGGAUGGCACUCUACGUCAGCUAAUUAGCCUCCUAGUUGUAACUAAUCUGGGAGCUGCAGCCAUAUAUUUCUGCUUUGGAACUUUGAGCUAUUACCUUAUUUUUGACCAUACAUUGAAGAAGCACCCUCAAUAUUUGUCGAAUCAAGUGCAGCGGGAAAUAAAGUAUGCUAUGCAGUCACUUCCAUGGAUAAGUAUUCCAACCGUCGGACUGUUCUUUGCAGAAAUUCGAGGCUAUAGCAAAUUGUAUGAUAACAUCGCGGAUUCUCCUUAUGGUUGGUUUGGAGUAGUGCUCAGUAUGAUCUUCUUCCUCUUCUUCACGGACAUGUGUAUCUACUGGAUCCAUCGGUUUCUCCAUCACAGGCUCCUCUACAAACACUUGCAUAAGCCUCAUCAUACUUGGAAGAUCCCGACUCCUUUUGCAAGUCAUGCUUUUCAUCCAGUGGACGGCUUCCUGCAGAGCAUCCCAUAUCACAUCUACCCAUUCCUCUUCCCGCUACACAAGGUGGUUUACUUGGGUCUCUACAUCUUUGUCAACAUUUGGACAGUGUCCAUUCACGACGGGGACUACAGAGUCCCCAGAGUUCUUGAGGGUGUCAUUAAUGGCUCAGCUCAUCACACAGAUCACCAUCUGUACUUUGACUAUAACUAUGGCCAGUAUUUCACAUUGUGGGACCGAAUUGGAGGUUCCUAUAAGUACCCCUCGGCCUUGGAAGGCAAAGGGCCACAGGACUACCUGAGGAACCUGAAGGAAAAGGAGAAGCUUUACACUAAUGCUCAUUCAUCUGAGCGGAAAAUCCAGAAAGGAGAAUAAGCAGCUUCCUUUCUCCUUUGUUGCUCGUGUUUAAUCCCAGUGGAGCUCCUUAUCUUCACCCAGAGCAAUUCUGACACAUGAUAUACCUAAUGAUCUGCUCCUAUUUCCUGCAUUAUUGCAAGUGAGACCAAUUUGAAACAAGCAGAAUAAAUUUGUAGCUUUGUGUGAGAUUGUGGUGUAAACCCCACGUCUAUUCCUCUUUACAGAUUGGAUAUAGUUCUUUGGAAAGUAAGCCACUGGCUACAUAUUAAAUGUACCUUAAUUAUGAA